AUGCAUUUAAUGGAUUGAAGAAAAGGACCUUUUUUUCUCUCUCUGCAACUGCAGUAAGGGAGGGGAGUUGGAUAUACCUCGCCUAAUAUCUCCUGGGUUGGCACCAUCAUUAUUGUUUAUCGCUGUGCUCCAAAAGCCGAGGCUUCUGAUGGCUCCCCUAGGUGAAGUUGGGAACUAUUUCGGUGUGCAGGAUGCAGUACCGUUUGGGAAUGUGCCCGUGUUGCCGGUGGACAGCCCGGUUUUGUUAAGUGACCACCUGAGUCAGUCCGAAGCAGGAGGGCUUCCCAGGGGACCCGCAGUCACGGACUUGGAUCAUUUAAAGGGGAUUCUCAGGCGGAGGCAGCUGUACUGCAGGACUGGAUUUCACUUAGAAAUCUUCCCCAAUGGUACUAUCCAGGGAACCAGGAAAGACCACAGCCGCUUUGGCAUCCUGGAAUUCAUCAGUAUAGCCGUGGGCUUGGUCAGCAUUCGGGGCGUGGACAGCGGACUCUACCUGGGCAUGAACGAGAAGGGGGAGCUGUACGGAUCCGAAAAACUAACCCAAGAGUGUGUAUUCAGAGAACAGUUUGAAGAAAACUGGUAUAACACGUACUCCUCGAAUCUGUACAAACACGUGGACACUGGAAGGCGGUUCUAUGUGGCGUUAAACAAGGACGGGACCCCCAGAGAAGGAACGAGGACUAAACGGCACCAGAAAUUCACACAUUUUUUACCCAGACCAGUGGACCCGGACAAAGUCCCCGAACUAUAUAAGGAUAUUCUAAGCCAAAGUUGACAAAGACUCUUUCUUCACUUGAGCCCUUAAAAAAGUAACCACUA